AGAAAUGUCAACUCAGCAUCGUAACACCUACCCCAGUGACAGAGACAACGACAAAAAUAAGAUAUCAAUGAAGGGUCCAGGUUUCCAUCUUGAAAUCGAUCCAUCCAGCACGACCAAGAUCUCAUUUUCUGUCCAUAAUAAUGAAGUAGAAAUCGUGCUGAAAAUGAAGGAAGAAAAAGAGGUCUUGACAGUGGGUGUGCAGCCUCAGGACGAAAGAAACUUCGUGGUGGGACUGGACGCUGCUCCCGAAACUUCGGGGUCGGAGACACGCGAUGAAGAAAUGUCCGAGAUAGGACCACUGCGAUCUGAUGAAGGGAGGCAAGUUUCUCUGGGAUUGCCAGAGGAGUGAUCACGG